AUGCGGCCGCCUCCCCGGGACCCUCAGAAGAACGGCCUAGGCAGCGACCACCCGGACCCGCCGCAAGCCCCCCGCCGAGGGCACGGCGGUUGGCUGCUCCUGCUUCGGCGAGAGCAGGGAGGGCAAAGCGGCGAGGAGCAGCACCGGGAAGCCCCGGGACGAGCCCACCCAGGGCCUGACAAAGGGUCAUGGGGGCCCGGCGUGGGGACCUCGGAAAGCCACUCCUUGCUAGAGCCAUGGAGGCUCGGCAGCCACACCACGGCCGCCCAGCCAAGGUGGCCGCAGAGGUGGCCAGCACCAGGCCUGGCGUGCCGCAAGCGAGGCACAGACGCUUCCGCCCUCUCGCCUCAGGCCGCAGCGCAGGCGCCUCUGCCGCUCUGUGGCUGCCCAGGCCUGCCAGCCCUGCCGGCCGUGGCGGCGCUCCAGGGCCUCGGGCAGGACGCGCCCCUCACCUGCCCGGAGCCAGCCCGGCCCGCGCACCCGGCCCCCGCCCGGGCCUCUCCUACCUGGCAGCGAGGCCCGCCAGAGCUCAUGUCCGAGUCGCGCAGCAACUGCGGGGAGAGCAAGCGCAGACUCUUCCAUGGGGAGGCGGGGACUGGGGCCAUCGAGCGCCAGGCAGCCUUGCUCCUGCGGCUCAAGGGGCCCGGGGACCUUCCCAGGCAGUCCCUUGGGAACCAGCUCAUCAGAAUUCCAUCCCAAGCUGGAUCAGCCAGAGACCCCGCCAGCGUCCUGCCUCCCGGAGAGGACCAGCUGACGCCUGACGGGGCGUCCGCGAGGAGCCCGUGCAGCAGCAGCAGCAGCCCUCUGGCUGAGCACUGGGGGCAGCAUGGGGCCAUCAGGACCAGUCGGCCCAGCAGCCUCCUCCUCCACCCUCCAGGGUUGCACCUGCCCGCACUCGCCUGCGGAGGUGCCCCUGGGGAGGCCGUUGCUACGCUGCGCUUGGGAAGCAGGCAGAGCGCGCCGAGUCUCCGCGGGGCGGCCACCGAGAUGGACGGGCUGGCACGGGUCCUCAGAGCUCGGGCGGAGGACGGGGGCCAGGCGGGACUCAUCCCGGCUGGGGGGAGCCGUGCUGGAGCGGACCCCAAGCAGCGCAACAACGCUGGCGAGGCGAGCCGGAUCCUGGACCCGUCCGGAGACCGCUACUACCAGUGGCUCAUUCUCAUGGUGGCCCCCAUCCUGUACAACUGGGUCACCCUCAUCUGCAGGUCCUGCUUCCCCGACCUGCAGCAGAAGUACCUCUUGGUGUGGCUGGCGCUCGACUACCUGUGUGACCUGCUGUACCUGCUGGACAUCGCAGUGCACUUCCACACUGGCUUCCUGGAGCAAGGCAUCCUGGUCCAGGACCGCUCCCAGAUCGCCCGGAGGUACCUGCGCUCCUCCGGCUUCCUGUGGGAUCUCGCCUCAGUGCUUCCGACCGACCUGCUCUACUUGGCCCUGGGGGUGGACAGGCCGGUGGUCCGGGCCAACCGUUUCCUGCGGGCCCCUCGGCUCUUUGAGUCCUUCGACCGGAUCGAGACCCGCACGGCCCACCCCAACACCUUCCGCAUCGCCAAGCUGAUGCUGUACGUCUUCGUCACCAUCCACUGGAACAGCUGCUUCUACUUCGCGCUCUCCGGCUUCAUCGGCCUCGGUGCGGACGGGUGGGUCUACCCCAACGCCAGCGCGCCGGGCGCCGGGCGGCUGCUGCACCAGUACCUCCACAGCUUCUACUUCUCCACGCUCGUCCUCACCACGGUGGGCGACACGCCCACGCCGCAGCGGGAGGCCGAGUUCCUCUUCAUGGCCGCGGACUUCCUCCUGGCCGUCAUGGGCUUUGCCACCAUCAUGGGCAGCAUGACCUCGGUGGUCUCCAACAUGAACCAGGCCGACGCGGCCUUCUACCCCAACCGCAGCCUGGUCAAGGGCUACCUGCGCGCGCACUGCCCGGCCCGCCGCCUGCGGCGCCGCGUGGUCGCCUGGUACCAGCACCUGCAGACAGAGAGGAAGAUGGCCAACGAGCAGCAGAUCCUGCAGCGCCUGCCGGAGCGCCUGCGGGCGGAGCUGGCCGUCGACGUGCACCUGCCCGCGCUGCGCAAGGUGCGGCUCUUCCAGAGCUGCGAGCAGGGCCUGCUGGAGGAGCUGGUGCUGAAGCUGCGGCCCCAGGUCUACAGCCCCGGGGAGUACGUCUGCCGGAAGGGGGACGUCGGCCGCGAGAUGUACUUCAUUCGCGAGGGGCAGCUGGCCGUGGUGGCCGACGACGGCGUGACCCGGUACGCCGUGCUGGGCGAGGGCCUCUACUUCGGGGAGAUCAGCAUCAUCAACAUCAAAGGGAACAGGUCCGGGAACCGGCGCACAGCCAACAUCCAGAGCAUCGGCUUCUCGGACCUCUUCUGCCUGUCCAAGGAGGACCUCACGGAGGUGCUGACGGAGUUCCCUAACGCCCGGGCCCUGCUGGAGGCCAAGGGCCGCGAGAUCCUGCUCAAGAUGGGCAAGCUGGACACUGACGCAGAGGCAGCGGAAGCCGCACAGCAGCAGGAGCAGCGGUGGCGCGUGGCCACCCUCGAGGAGGGCCUGGAGCAGCUGCAGACGAAGCUCGCCCGCGUCCUGGCGGGGCUGGAGUCCAGCGCCUUUAAGAUGGCGCUGCGCCUGGAGCACCUGGAGUGGCGGCUGCGUGGGCACGAGAGCGGGGAGGCGGAGGCGGAGGCAGAGCCCUGA